CUGCGCCGUCUCUCCGCUGUGGAGAUUUUCGUCUUUUCUUUGCUAACUUGAACGCUGUUGCCCGCUGUCUAGUUAUUUUUGUAACGAGCCCCAGCUUUCGUGUGGUUGCGGCGCCCGAGUCCUCUUUUCCAGAGGCCCACUUCCACACAGAAACUCGCUGCGCAACCGCGGAGCCCCAACUCCGGCGUUCUCGCGCGGCUGGGCGGCGUGUCCGGCCGUUUGAACACGUAUGCCGAGAGGGAGACGGAGGAUUAUCGCGAACCGACGCGUGGCGGACUGGGGGACUCGUGCAGCGGGACGUCGCCGCGAGGGGAGAGACCGUGACGCCCAGCGCGAGCCAGUGACGACCGACGGUUCCGGCGCCGGACAGCAGCGACGCGCCCGGCGGGACCAGUUUGUGUGCUGCCUCUUCCUCCCCCUCCUCCUCCUCUCUGUGUGGUCUUGGUGGUUUGGUGACUGCUGGCCCCCUACCCCGCAACCCUCUCUCCUCCUGUGGACUGAAGUGUGCAUGGAGCAGUGUGAGAGUGCCGCCUCUCUCCUGGCCUCGGUGCGGGAGCAGGAGGCCCAGUUUGAGCGGCUGACCCGCGCUCUGGAGGAGGAGAGGAGGAGGGUCAGCCAGCAGCUCACCGCCGUCGCCAACGGCAGCAGCCCCCGGCCCCCUCCCGCACAGCAGAACGGCUGUGUGCCUGGCGAUGCGGACAUAGACAGACUGAAACUGAGCGAGGGAUACGUUAACGGCACGCAGUACAGGAUGCUGGACCCUGGUCACAUCGUCGAGGAGACGGUUACAGUAGAGGAGGAUCCAGAGCAGCCUGCCUCUGUGGUCUCCGUGGAAACCAGUGAGGAUGGGACAACACGACGCACUGAGACCACGGUAAAGAAGGUUGUAAAGACUGUCACUACUCGGACAGUGAUCCCCUCAAUCUCAGACAACCUGUCCCUGGAUGGUUCUGUACAGGGAGGGAUGGUUGGAGGAGUGAACAACUACUCCACUCUUGACCGUGUCUACAGACAGGGUGGGCCACAGGGUGUGGUUCCCCAGCAUGGGGAAAUGUAUACCGGCACUGCCACAGUCCCCCGAAACUACCACUACGCCACUAUUGGAGGAGGGGGGUAUGAGGAUUCUGGGUAUCGGACAGGACCCCCAUCGGACACCUACGCCAGUCUGAAAGGGGAGAAGCACGUCGCCGCGGCUGACACGUCCUCCUGUCGUCCUCCCCCCCUGCAGGUGAAAUCGGAGGUGCGGCGGCUGAAGGGGAUCCCAGCUCUGGUCAGCCUCCUGGACCACCCCAAGAAGGAGGUGCACCAGGCCGCCUGCGGGGCGCUGAAGAACAUCUCCUUCGGCCGGGACGGGGAGAACAAGAUCGCGGUCAAAAACUGCGACGGGGUGCCUGCCCUCAUCCGGCUCCUGAGGAAGACGCAUGACCAGGACCUCACUGACACCAUCACAGGCACUCUGUGGAACCUGUCCUCCCACGACUCGGUGAAGAUGGAGAUCGUGGACCACGCGCUGCACGCCCUGUCGGACGAGGUGAUGGUGCCGCACUCCGGCUGGGAGCGGGAGCGGGAGAGGGAGGAGGAAAGCUGCAAGCCGCGCCACCUGGAGUGGGAGACCGCGCUCACCAACACCGCCGGCUGCCUGAGGAACGUGAGCUCGGAGCGCAGCGAGGCCCGGCGGAAGCUCCGAGAGUGCACCGGGCUGGUGGACUCGCUGAUGUACAUCGUCCAGUCGCAGAUCGACCGCAAGGAGGUGGACAACAAGCUCAUCGAGAACUGCGUGUGCCUGCUGAGGAACCUGUCCUACCACGUGCACCGGGAGGUGCCGGGCUCCGAGCGCUUCCAGGAGAACAGCGCCCCGGGCCAGAGCCCCGCCUCCGGCUCCGCCCCCAAGGGCAGCUGUUUCGGGUCCCGAAAGGGCAAAGACGAGUGGUUUUCCAAAGGAAAGAAAGACCUGGACGACCCCACAGCCGACGUUGUCGAUAUUCCAAAGAGGACCGUUCCCGCCAAAGGGUACGAGCUGCUGUACCAGCCAGAAGUGGUGCGAGUGUACACCUCCCUGCUGAAGGAGAGCAAGAACCCCUCGGUCCUGGAGGCGGCAGCUGGAGCCAUCCAGAACCUGUGUGCGGGCCGCUGGACUGUGAGUGGAUCUAGUGCCCUGAGUGCCUUCUCCCUCAGUUCCUUCACUGCGAGGUCAAAACUCCCAGAUGAGCUGAUGUCUCUUUCAGGGAGGCACGCUGUUCCCAACCUCGUUUCUAACCUCCCGGGCGGCCAGCAGCAGCCGGCCAAGGCUCUCUCCGAGGAGACCAUCGUGUCCAUCCUCAGCACGCUCAACGAGGUGCUAGUCAGGAACCUGGAGGGCGCCAAGACGCUGCGACAGGCCGGGGGCAUCGAGAAGCUGGUGCUGAUCAACAAGGACGGUAACCGGUCUGACCGAGAGGUGAGAGGGGCGGGGCAGGUCCUGCAGACGGUGUGGGGCUAUAAGGAGCUGCGGCGCCCCCUGGAGAAGGACGGCUGGAAGAAGACCGACUUCAUGGUGACCCUGACCCCCCAGGCAACCCGGAACAACAACGCAGGAUACGAGGACAGCACCCUGCCCCUCAUCGACAGAGGAGGAGAGAAGAGGGACAGGGACAGAGACAUGAUCCCCUUGAAUGAUAUGGGACCAGAUGCCUAUUCCACACUGGACCAGAGAGACCGGACCCAUACUCUGGAGCGCUCCAUUGACCUGUCUGACCGGGACACUAUACAGGGUGGUGUGUAUGGUGGGGGCAGUAAGGGCUCUCUCCCUCUGGUUGACUCCUAUGAUGAAAAACUGAUCAUUUGUCUGGCCAGGAGAGACCCAUUAAUCCCCUCUCAUUGCCGGUAACGGAGGGAUACAGAAUAGCAAUGUGGACGACUGGAAAUCACCCCUCCCUCUCUUUUGCUGUCUCCUUCUCUUUCUGAACGAAGUGACCCGGAGUUGACCGUGGCAGACUCGCAUCAUCGCAGGGGGGCCGGAGACUGUGCUGCUUAGUGUCAAUGAUAAGUGAGCAUGUGAGUGCUCAUCCUAUCGGUUCAGUUUUAGACUUGACAUUAGUCAUUCUUUUGGGGGGGGGGGGGGGGGGGAGAACACCCAGAAUGCACCAUCGUUGCCGCAGCCAGUUUCGUCAAAUAUCCAGUCCCAGAUGAGUUUGUUUGCUCCCUGCCUGGAGAUCAGCAACGCGCUGCUAUGUAAAAAUAUCCCGGAUUCGUACAGGAGAGAGAACACUCACUUUCGAAUUCUCAAUCUUCAGCUUCAAUUUUAUUAGGCUAUUUAGAGUAAUUCUCUUGAGACAAUCAUUUAUUUCUGUAGCUGGACCUGCUAGUAUCCUGUUGUCAGUCAUCGAAUGAGGGCAAACGCACAGCAGUGUCCAUUACUUUAUAAUUGUUGAAGGUAGUAGCAAUGGCAGGGAUGGUCCAUUCUCAUGAGUUUUGGUUCUAGUUGUCUGUACCUUCAUACCUCAGUAUGAACAGAGUUUCCCUUUCUUCCAUGAUGAUUUCUGCUCUUUGAUCUGUUUGUUCUGUUUUGGGGACCACAAUGUUUCUCUCUUGAGUCGGUGCAUUAGUCAGGUCUGCUGUUGCCUUCAGUAACACAUCUAUGGGCGCAUGACAGCUGCACCUCUUGUAAAGUCAGUAGUGUCAGUCUCUAGUAGCAAAGCACACUGAAGGGCAAGGCCAUGUCUGCUACUGCUUUAGCCCUCCAUUGAAAUCUCUUUGAUUAUCGUGUCUGUCAGUUGGAGUUCUGGGGGGCUGCAGUUCAGUUCCCUUUUUUAUUGCACGAUCAGUUUUCUCCUCUUGGAGGUUUCUCCCUUUCCGCUGUUUCCCAGAAAGGACUCGACAGCGCUCUGUUUGCCCUCUGAAAGCUGCAGUUCCCACUGAACACUAGAGCCCGCUGUUGUUCAUACCAGUGCAGGGCAGACUUUUAAUUCAGAUUAUUUUUUUAAGCAAAAAUGUUUUUUAAUUUCUCUUGUUGUUGAUGGCUUUUGUUUUCCAUUGAAAGAUAAAUACAGAUUUGAAAUAACUUCC